AUGGCCAACGAGAGUGCUAGCUCUCUGGAACAGGAUGCUAGUCAAGGGUCUGCUGCCCGUCCAGAUCCUCCUCCCCGUCCAUCUCCCGCUCGCUAUGCGUCAACCCCAUCCUUCGAAAGCCCGCAGAGACACCACCGCCGCAACCCGAUAACCCGGCGUCCGGUAAAGGAAACACUCAAUGCUCGAUCUCAGUACACUCUCAGCCAAGAUGACGGCACUGCUGAACACAGAAUCAACCAAUAUGUGAUCAGACAGGAGAUUGGCCGCGGGUCAUUCGGAGCCGUUCAUGUAGCAGUCGAUCAAUAUGGGAACGAAUACGCUGUUAAAGAAUUCUCAAAAACACGCCUAAGAAAGCGCGCAAAGUCGCACCUUUUGCGGCGAUCUCGAGGUCCCAAGCGUUCGGCCGAUGGCUUCAAUUCUCCCCUCCACCGACAGGGAGCCGGCAUUGGAGACGAGGAAAAGUUGAAUGCUCUGUACCUGAUCAGAGAGGAAAUCGCCAUCAUGAAGAAGCUGCACCAUAAUAACCUGGUGUCGCUGAUAGAAGUCCUGGAUGACCCAUCGCAGGACUCUUUGUACAUGGUCAUGGAGAUGUGCAAGAAAGGAGUGGUCAUGAAAGUCGGCCUCGAGGAAAGAGCGGAUCCGUACGACGACGAGCGCUGCCGUUGUUGGUUCCGUGACCUAAUCCUGGGAAUUGAGUACCUUCAUGCGCAGGGCAUCGUGCACCGAGACAUCAAACCAGACAACUGCUUGGUAACUAGCGAGGAUGUCCUCAAAGUUGUGGACUUUGGAGUUUCAGAGAUGUUCGAAAAGGACUCUGAUAUGUUUACGGCCAAGUCCGCGGGUUCGCCUGCCUUUUUGCCACCUGAGCUAUGUGUUGUCAAGCAUGGCGACGUCUCGGGAAAGGCAGCCGAUAUAUGGUCCAUGGGUGUGACCUUGUACUGUCUACGAUACGGUAGGCUUCCAUUCGAGAAGCAAAGUAUUUUCGAACUCUACGAGGCCAUAAAGAACGACCCACUUGUUUGUGAAGGGGAACCUGACGAAAGCUUCAAGGACAUGAUAUCGCGGAUACUAGAAAAGGACCCGGCGAGAAGAAUACAGAUGGAUGAGCUGCGUGAACACCCAUGGGUAACGAAAAAUGGCAUGGAUCCUCUGCUGUCAAAGGCCGAAAACACAGCAGAAAUUGUUGGGCUUCCUACUGAAGAAGAAAUGAACUCCGCCAUUACAAAUAGCCUUGGCAAUGUUUUAGCAGUGGUGAAAGCAGUAAAGAAGUUCAAAGGCCUUCUCGGCCCAGGCAGGGCUGAACCACCCAUGCAAAGCAUUCUCGGUCAGGAGUACGAGGGCCGCUUUGUUGAGCCUCCGAUGGAAAUGGAUCCAGAGGAAAGCGUCUCUCUGCCUAGCAUGACCAGUUCCAACAAGAGUCAAAGCUUGAACACAUACAAUCGAAAAGCCCUCGAGCGUGAUUACGUCCUCAAAGGGUAUCAUCAACAAAAACCGGGCGCCCCCAACUCAUCGCUAGGCAACAGUGAUUCUCCGGUUGGGAUCACUGGCCUCUGGACCAAGCCAGAAAAGAAAGAAUCGGGCUCAAAUUGGAGCUUGAAGAUGAAAGAUGAGUCUGUUGGCGACGAGAACUCGCCAUCUCCACAAGUCCCCUUGUCCCGGGCUAGCUCAACCACCACCAAGCGCAGCAUCGAAGGAACCCGAGGCCACGCCCGAGAUCCCCUCGAAGAAGAUUGCCCCUUCCUAUUCAUCGGCCCUUCAACCUUUACAGGCUCAAACAUCUCAGAUCCCAGCAACACUGACGGCCCAUCCAUGAUUCUCGAACCAGACGACUCGGCAAACCCCGGCGCAGACCAGUCGGACCUCUCCUACCCGAUGGUCAGCGAAUCCCCGGGCGCUGCCGACUUUGAUAUCUACGAAACAGCCUACCGCCAAGAAGUCGAACGCAUCAGAGCCCACACUACCACACGCGCCGUGCCAAUGGUAUACCUAACGCGGCGCGUCGACGGGAAGGACGAACUCAUGAAGCUCGUGCGCGAAACAACAAUGAGCGAGCCCGCGCUAGGAAUCGGCCGAAAGGUCACGAUCCCACAAACGCAGAGCUUCGGCUCCGCAGUGGGAAUUAUCAGGGCGCAGCUAGAGCUGGAUCGAAAGAAGCAAGAACAAGCCGCGCAGGGCGAGGAUCAGGAUCAAGGUCAGAGCCGGGAGUCCAGCACCGUUGGCCCCUCGCAGCCGGUUACAGCAUCCUCGCCGCCAUUGACUGUUACGCCGAGUCCGGAAGAACCCACGACAUCGACAACAUCUGUCGUAGUCUCAGGUACCACAAUUGCCUCGGAAUCAUCUUCCCCGGAGGGCCAGAGAUCAAGGUUACGCAACCUACUUGGCCGUGUCAAGCACAGUUGA